AUGCCUUAUUCGAGAGGGCUGCGCGUCCCGGGUCUGUCGGCACGGUCAUGGCGGGUUUGCUGAAGAAGACCACGGGCCUUGUGGGAUUGGCUGUGUGUGAGAGUCCACACGAGAGGCUAAGAAUACUGUACACAAAGAUUCUUGAUGUUCUUGAGCAAAUUCCUAAAAAUGCAGCAUAUAGAAAGUAUACAGAACAGAUUACAAACGAAAAGUUGAGUAUGGUUAAAGCGGAACCAGAUGUUAAGAAAUUAGAAGACCAACUUCAGGGUGGCCAACUGGAAGAGGUGAUUCUUCAGGCUGAAAAUGAACUAAGUCUGGCAAGAAAAAUGAUACAGUGGAAACCAUGGGAGCCUUUAGUGGAAGAGCCUCCUGCCAACCAAUGGAAAUGGCCAAUAUAAUCAUCAUUAAAUGACUAGCAUGUUGAUGGGAAACUGAUGUAAUUAAAUGUUCCUUAUUAUUAAUAUCUAAAAUCAAGACAACUAAUUCAGAACGUAUUUAGGAGACUUGUUAAAAUUGAUGACUGUGCUAAUAGGGAUUUGUGAAUCCAUACUUGAUAUGUAAAGCAUUCACUUAAAUUAUUUCAAAGAUUUUUUUUUGUUUUGUUUUGUUUUUAAAAAAACAGAGGUUGUGGAAAGAUUGGAAAGUUAAUUGGAAAAGUUCUUAUAGAUUUUCAAUGCAGAAGCCAUAGUUGAAAUGUGAAGUAUUUUUAGGCAUGUCUUCAACACAUCAUUUAAUGGUUUUUAUCCUGCAAAAAAUAGGAAAGAUACUUAAUUAGUAUUGUUGUUUAGACAAAUGUUAUAAAUCACUGAAGUGAAGUAGUAAAAGUAAAAACCAUCAAAUUGUAGUUGUACAGUUGAGGAAACUGAUUUGGUAUUUGAAAGAAAGACUUAUUUAUAGUCAUUGUAAAAAUGUUUCCUUUUGUCUCAUUUAAAGAAGUUAGCUUUCUGUUCCUUAGCCUUUUGUUUUCUUGAUCAACCAAAGUACAUCAAGGUAGAGAUAGAAUUUAUGUAAAAGAAGAGACAUGGAGAAUUCCUAAAGUUUAUCUGACUUAUGAACAGGCUUAUAUUCAGAACACCUUUGUGUCACAUGGGUUGUAACUUCAAAGUAAAAUCACUAGGUGGUUUUCACUAAGUUUCUAAUAUGAGUGCAGCUGGGUAUCAAACCGAAAAUAAAUGCUAUUGAAGGAAAAAAAAAA